GAAAACUGGGUUAUUGUUUGUUUUGUAGUUGAAAACGAAGAAAUUUUGGGCUGUAUUUUCUUGGGAUUUUAUCUUAAAAACACAUGAUGAAGCUUGAAAAUUGGUUGCCGGUGACGGUUUCUACAGCUUCUGGAGAAGCCACUGCUUCUUCUUCAGGUAAUCAGAUUCAAGACACUCAACUAGCAGCAGGAGGACCAGCGAAGAAGAAAAGAAAUCUUCCCGGGAUGCCAGAUCCAGAUGCUGAGGUGAUAGCUUUAUCUCCAAAAACCCUACUAGCGACCAACCGGUUCGUCUGUGAGAUCUGUAACAAAGGUUUCCAACGAGAUCAAAACCUGCAACUCCACCGACGGGGCCAUAACUUGCCAUGGAAGCUACGGCAAAGAACCAGCAAAGAAAUUCGGAAGCGAGUCUACGUGUGCCCCGAACCGAGUUGCGUCCAUCACAACCCGGGUCGAGCCCUAGGUGAUCUUACCGGUAUCAAGAAACACUUUUGCAGGAAACACGGGGAAAAGAAAUGGAAAUGCGAGCGGUGUUCUAAAAAAUACGCCGUUCAGUCCGAUUGGAAGGCCCACAUGAAGACUUGCGGCACCCGAGAAUAUAAAUGUGAUUGUGGCACCGUCUUUUCUAGGAGGGAUAGUUUCAUAACGCAUAGAGCUUUCUGCGAUGCGUUAGCUGAAGAAAGCGCAAAGACCAAAAUGAUAGCAGUUGUUAGUACAGAAGGAAACGUUAAUGCUAAUGGAAAUGGUGGUGGAACUGUGAUUGGAGGAGCUGCAACUGCGACAUCUCGAUCGCCUCAACCUUUAACACCCUCUACUACUGCUCUAGUUUCUCCAGGUUUAUCAAUUCAGAGUUCAGAAAUACCUGGAAAUUCAAUGGGACUUUCACAGGCAACUCCUGCAGCAGCCACUGCCUCUACUUCAACCGCCAAUGUUUUUGCUAGCAUGUUUGCACCGAACUCCCAACCGUUCAACAUAUCUGCACCAGUGGAGCGAACAUCCCUCUCUCUUUCGUCUCCACUUUACAUAUCCAACAAUGGCUCUUCCAAUAUCUUCACUGGACCCGAAAACGAUCAUUGUCACUAUGCUCCAACUCCGCAGCCCGCCAUGUCGGCUACUGCAUUGCUACAAAAAGCUGCCCAAAUGGGUGCCGCGGCAUCGAACCCUUCAUUGAUUCGUGGUCUAGGCAUGACAGUAUCCUCGGCUGGUCAAGAUCCUAAUGUCAAGUCCGAGAGCAACAUUGCCCUUGGCGUUCCCUCAAACGGAAAUUCUGGCUUAACUAAUCCCAUGAUAGGCUCAUACUUGCUGUUUGGAAACAAGCCUACAACGCUAGAUCUUCUCGGCCUUGGCAUGGCUAACGGCGUAGCUGCCUCAAGUGGACUGUCUGCGUUGCUCACUUCCUUUGGAGGUGGCUUCAAUGUCCUAGCAGCGACCAUGACAACAUUCGGAGCAGGAGGGAGUAAUUCGCCUAGAGAAACAUGGGACGGUGCACCCGAAAGAAAACUCAAUGGCCCAACCAUGAUUUAGAGAUCAUUUGAGUUCUCUAGUUAGGCACUGAAAAACAAAAGUUGCAUCUUAGAACCCAAAAAAUGAUGUGUUAGGGUUGCAUAUUAGACAUUAAUUUUGGGUUUUCUUUAAUUAGUACAUGCAUUUAAAGCUUAAUUUCCUUUUGAGGUAAAACCUGGGAUAGAUGGAUCCGGAGAAAAGAUUGUACAGGAACUCAUCUAGUUAACCGCCAGCAGAUAUAGCACGAAAUAUUAUGCUACUAUAUACGGUUUUUGGUUUAUUUAUU